GACUUCAGAUUCCAUAGACCUUGAAACGGGAAAGGCUGCACAAGAGGGAGAGAAAGAGACGAUCAGCUAUUUCACUCAAGCGCAAUAUUCCGCCUUUAUAUUCUUGGUUUUGAAAAUACUUAACGCCGAUAACCGCGAUCAUUUGCAAUACCAUCUUCCAAAAAAAAAAAAAAAAAAAAACAAUAAUCUGAACCUCAAGUUCAAACGUGGCAAAACUAUACGCCUCCUAAGUCCUAAACAAGCGAUAAGCAAUUUUUCUUUCCUCUCUCGUCUGUUUUGCAGUUGAAGUAACAGGGAGGGCAGCGCUGGAAAGCAGGAGCGGACGUCUCGCUGCGGGGAGCCCAGCCCGUAUAGUGGCACGGAGAGGGGAGCUAUCCAGUGCUGAAGUUGCAUUUCUGUCCAGUCCAAACGUCAGCGAGGGAGGGUUUUUGCGUUUUGCCCCUGCGCUGGCGUGUGAAUCUCAGCUCGGCGAGGCCGAUCCGCUGCCAUCCAGUCUGCAUCGGCGUUGUAUGAAGAGAGGAAGACUCGGCACCGCGUCGUGCAGCAUCGAAACAUGCCAAGGUCUUUCCUGGUUAAAAAGGUUAAACUCGAUGAUUUCUCAUCUAGCGAUCUCGAAAGCUCCUAUGGCAGAUCCAGGACCGACCUCAAUCUCCGCUUUCAUGAAAAAGGGUACAUUAGCGACUACAUCACUCCGUCUGUAUACGACGGCGAAAGCGACAAUGCUAUGAAAGUGCCCUCUCCCGAGCCUAUCUACGAUGGCAUGCACGGUGAUUACGGAGCACCGGAUUCAGACCAACCAGACAGCCCCCAGUCGGAGAUCUCAUCUGGCUACAUUAACGGAGACAAUGCCGUGAGUGAAGGGUACACGGUGGACGCCUUCUUCAUCACUGACGGGAGGUCAAGGAGGAAAGUCAUCAGCAGCGCUAGGAACAUACAGCGUCACACGUGCAACGAGUGCGGAAAAACCUACGCCACGUCCUCCAACCUGAGCAGGCACAAGCAGACGCACCGUAGCAUAGAUAGCAAGAUGGCCAAAAAGUGCCCGACUUGUGGGAAGGUGUACGUCUCCAUGCCGGCCAUGGCCAUGCAUUUGCUGACCCACGACCUCAAGCACAAGUGUGACAUAUGUGGAAAGGCUUUCAGCAGGCCCUGGCUGCUGCAGGGACACAUGAGGUCACACACGGGCGAGAAGCCCUUUGGAUGUGCACACUGCGGAAAAGCGUUCGCGGACCGCUCCAACCUCCGCGCGCACAUGCAGACGCACUCCGCUUUCAAGCACUACAAAUGCAAACGAUGCAACAAGACCUUCGCCCUCAAGUCCUACCUGAACAAGCACUACGAGUCCGCCUGCUUUAAAGGAGCCUUCUCGCCCUUAAGUCCUCUUGAAGCAUGACUUCCAUACAGAAAAAAACGUAAAAUGAACUCUUCCUCUUCUCAUCCUCGUUUUUCCUUGAAAACUGACUAUAGCACAUUUUUUCCUCGAUUUUCUCCAACAAAGGAAAAUAUGGAUUUUUUCGCAUGUACGUAGCAUACUUUUGUUUUCUAUUUCCUCAGUCGUGUCCCUAUAUUCAGACAUAUAGAGGCGAAAUGUCGUUAAUUUUGCUGAAACUCAGUGAAGACAUUUAAAAUGUCUAUUUACUUCUCGCAAAGGUCAAACCUUUUUUUAAUACGGGAUAUUAUUUUACUGCGGCCAGUGACCACAAAGUGUUCAACAUUGAGGUAAAACUAUUUAUUCAUUCACUUUAUGUCUUCUUUCCCUCUUUUACCCAUAAACUGUGUAAAGUCUUUAUUUGCACUUUAUCAUUUGUUAUUCUUUAGCAAAGCCUUCGCCAUCAAUAUGCCAAAGCAUUUGCCACUUUCUGAGUAACGUAUUUUUUAUUUCUGUUCGCUACCUUUUUAAUGUUAUUGCAUGCAAAAAUGAAUUAAAAUCUAUGCCAAUUUUAUGAAGCUUUGGAUUUUGCCAAAAUCUAGAUAGCAUCCAUGGGCAAUAUUUCUUGGGAUUCUCAUAUGGAAUUAUAGAGCAAUAACGACUUAAUGCAUGGUAUUUUUAAAAAAAUAAAGACAUAAUACGUACGACAGUUUUUAAAAUCAGGUAUGGUUUUAUCCAGUAUUCCUAGUAGUCAUACAGAAGUCCAAUAUCAGGGAGACGCCAGUGUAGUAUUAGAGGAUAAACUGGGGAGGGGGGAGGGGGGCUUUUAUAUAUGUUAAUGCACUGCCUGCCUCUGAUUUAACGUAGAUUUAGUACGUAGGCUUGUGGGUGCUGAACGACCAGCUGCAAGCAGUUCAGAACAUUUCUCCAGAUCUGCGGAAGUCCCGCGGAGGCAAAAAUACCGGCCCGUCACAUCGCCAUUUCACAUCGGGGAAGAGUGAGGGGUCACUACCAUGCAAGCCAAACUAUUUGCACUGUACUUAGACUCAGCUUAAUGUAGGGAGUAAAGGGGACCUUGUUUUUGCCACGUGGGAUUCCUACAGAUUUGUCUUUAAAGCACUUCAUUAUAAACAUUUCCAACUUUAAAAGUAGCACAAAUCUAUAGAUUCAGGUAGAAAGACCUUGUAUUAGCUUGAUCUCUGUUUUGUACUAUGAAUAAAAGGAACUUAACUGUUUAUUGCAAGAAGUCUUGUAAAUAGUCCUUUUGAAUUUAAGAUUUUUACAACUGUAAAGAAUCAAAUGACCUUAUUUCUGGAGUUUUUCUCUCUGGGAAUUUUUGACCAGUAUUUGAAUGAUGUAAAGCACAGCGACACCAGGCAUUUUGUCUCACUUCAUAAUAAAGAAUAAAUAAACAAC